AUGAAAGAAGGCAUCUUCAAGGGAUCACUAUAUGACGUCGCACUGGGCAUCAAUACAUUUGGCGCUUUGCAUGUUUCGGGCUUUGCCAAGAAUUGUAUCAACUUAAAAUUGCUCCUCCAUGUAUCAACCGCCUAUGUGUGUGGCGAAAAGAAGGGGCAAAUACUAGAGAGCACAUUUCAGAUGGAAGAGACGCUCAAUGGAAGCUCAAGAUUAGAUAUCAAAGCAGAGAAACAACUUGUGGAGGAGUACCUAGACAAACUACGAGGACAAGGUGCCACUGACAGAGCCAUCACAUCAACCAUGAAGGACCUUGGAAUUAAAAGGGCAAGACUAUAUGGAUGGCCAAACACCUAUGUCUAUACAAAGGCAAUGGGGGAGAUGCUUUUAGGACACUUUCGAGAGAACCUGCCCCUUGUUAUCAUACGACCCGCCAUGGUAUCCAGUACUUACAAAGAGCCAUUUUCUGGUUGGAUUGAAGGCGUGAGAACAAUUGACGGCGUAAUUUCUGCCUACGGUAAAGGGAAAUUGAAAUGCUUUAUUGGCCAUCAUGAGACAAUCCUUGAUAUAAUACCAGCAGACAUGGUGGUAAAUUGUAUGAUUGUGGCCAUGGUGGCUUAUGCAAAUCAAUCUUCUGAGAUCAUCCUCCAUGUUGGGUCUUCUUGGAGAAAUCCAAUAAAAUUUUCAAGUUUUAGGAAUCUCAUGGUUCGGUACUUUGCUGAAAAUCCAUUGGUUAGUAAAAAUGGAAAAUCAAUCAAAGUUGACAAGGCGACAGUAGUGUUAAGCAGUAUGGCUAGUUUUCGUGCAUACAUGGCUAUUCGGUAUUUGAUGCCACUCAAGGCAUUUCAAAUUGCGAAUGCAAUUAUUUGCCAAUACAAUCAGGAUAUGAUUAUUGAUCUUAAGCGGAAGAUAAAGUCAGGGAUACGAUUAGCUGAACUUUACAAACCAUAUGUUUUCUUUACGGGCAGAUUUGAUGACUCAAACACAGAAAAGCUUCGAAUGGCUACAAGUGAGGGUGGUGUCGAUUCACAUUUGUUUGACUUUGAUCCAAAGUGCAUUGACUGGGAAGACUAUCUUAUGAAUACACAUAUACCUGGCCUCAUAAAGUAUGCAUUGAAAAUAUAA